CUGCGAAUGGAUCAGCAGCUAGUGAAGAAGCCUUCUUAACCGAGUACCUCCACACACUCGAAUAGGAGGAGUGUUACGCGCUUUUUAAACACAACCAUCUUUAUGGUCAAAAGGAGGAUAGCGAGGUUUGUGAACGAUCUGCCCACAUUCGGAACCAGGACGGGUUGUAGAGGAAGCACAAAGCCGGUGGAGCGUCUGUGGAGCGGUGAGAUCAGCCCAGCCCCCCACAUACAUACAUACAUACACACACACACACACACCGAACCGGCCUGCUGGUCUUAGCCUGUUGCUGUGUGGGUGAUCUCAUCAUAUCAUUUACUCUUUUAUCUCACAUGUAUCUCUAGCACACACGUCUGCAAGUAGUUUGGAGUUGUUUUGUCUAUCUUUAGUGGCUGGGUGCUGUAUUUGGUUACGGUUGUUGGACUAUAGCUCUCAGCUCCAGCUGGCUAAUCAGUAGCAGUAGCACAUCGUCGUGCUGAAAGCCACUUCUUGGGUACGAUGUAGUUUAAAUGUAAUUUUCUUAACACCAGGCUAAACAUGCCUGACGAAUGGGCACUGGACGUCAACAAUUGAGAUCCACUUAUAAAACCAACUUCUCCUGAAUGUUGACGGCAAAACACGCUGGCUAAAGUGAAAUCACUUAUUCUGUGCGACAUAAUCUCAUUUAGCUCACCUGUUUAUGGUCCUCGCGAGAUGCAAAACUGUACGUAGCACAGAAAAUGCGUGUGUUAUUGAUGACAUUGGGCGUGUGUUUAACCAAAUGACUCGUGUUUGAAGACACAUUGAAUGGGCGCUAUUUUAACACUGGAGCGCUUAUCUGGAUGUCCCCUUCCAUCAUUGGACCGAGAGACUACUUCAUACAAAGGAGGGUUUUAUUUGGCUAUUUUCUAAGGAUAAAGUCCAGGGAAUUACACACUGCCUUAUAAAUCAGCCCUGUAUCUUUCGAUCCUUUGGCUCCUUGACUGAGUCCCCGAUGCGGAGGGCCUGAGUGCGCCCGGGACAUGCUGAAGUGUAUCCCGCUGUGGCGGUGUAACCGUCACGUUGAGUCCGUGGAUAAGCGACACUGCUCGCUCACUGCGGUUCCCGAUGAGAUCUACCGCUACAGCCGAAGUCUGGAGGAGCUGCUCCUGGACGCCAACCAGCUUAGAGAGCUGCCUAAGCCUUUCUUCAGACUGCACAAUCUGCGAAAGCUGGGCCUGAGUGACAACGAGAUUCAGAGAUUACCGCCUGAAGUGGCCAACUUUACUCAGCUUGUAGAGCUGGACAUCUCCAGAAAUGAUAUUUCUGAAAUCCCAGAGAACAUUAAAUUCUGUCAGGCCUUGGAGAUCGCAGACUUCAGCGGAAACCCCCUGUCCAGGUUGCCUGAUGGCUUUACACAGCUCAGAGGUCUGGCUCACCUGUCACUCAAUGAUGUGUCACUGCAAUCUCUACCCAAUGACAUAGGAAACUUGUCAAACUUGGUGACUCUAGAGCUAAGGGAGAAUCUACUGAAAUCCUUACCCACCUCUCUUUCCUUCCUGGUUAAACUGGAACAGCUGGAUCUGGGCAGCAAUGUACUGGAAGUUUUGCCUGACACACUUGGGGCACUGCCCAAUCUUCGUGAGCUGUGGUUGGACAGAAACCAGCUCUCCUCACUACCUCCAGAGCUGGGGAACCUGCGACAGCUGGUUUGCUUUGACGUAUCAGAGAACCGUCUAACAGAGCUUCCCACUCAAGUCAGCGGCCUUAUCGCUCUCACUGACCUCCUGCUCUCCGAGAACCUUCUGGAAGUCUUGCCGGACAGCAUUAGUUCGCUUAAGAAGUUGUCCAUUCUGAAAGUGAACCAGAACCGCAUUGUGCAUCUCACCGACUCCAUUGGCGAGUGUGAAAACCUGACCGAGCUAAUGUUGACCGAGAACCUUCUCCAGUCUCUUCCCCGCUCUCUUGGGAAGUUAAAGAAGUUGACCAACUUGAAUGUUGACCGAAACCGCUUGAGCAGCGUGCCGGCAGAGCUGGGAGGAUGUAUCUGCCUGAAUGUGCUCUCUCUCAGAGAUAACAGAUUGGGUAAACUACCUGCUGAGCUCGCCAAUGCCACAGAGUUACAUGUGCUGGAUGUGGCAGGCAACAGGUUGCAGAACUUGCCUUUCUCAUUGGCCAAUCUGAACCUGAAGGCCAUGUGGCUGGCGGAGAACCAGUCUCAGCCCAUGUUGAAAUUCCAGACAGAAGAUGAUGAGCGGACUGGGGAAAAAGUUCUCACUUGCUACCUGCUGCCCCAGCAGCCCUCAUCUAGCCUUGAAAAUCUUCUGGAGAGGAGCAUAGAUGAGACCUGGCCCACAGACACUAAUCUGAACAGAGUGUCAGUCAUUCAGUUCCGGGAGGACUCAAAAAAUGAAGAGGAAGAUGAGGAGACUGCGGCAGAGAGGAGGCAGGGUCUACAUAGGAGAGCAACACCACAUCCCAGUGAGUUAAAGGUGAUGAAGAAUGUUAUUGAAGCCAGAAGAAAUGAGGCUUACAUAGCUAAGCCAGAUGGAGAUCUGGAGUCCCCAGACUCUGAGGAGAAACGAUUGAGUGGGCUUUCCAAUCAAAGUCAUGAUUCUCAAGCGUCUAGUAACACCGAAUCUGCCACUACUCAGGAUGAGAGGCGGGGUGUAAACAGUGCAGGGGUGGAGCUUAAUAAUGGACCGGGUCAAGAGGAGGAGGAGCUUGAUGAGAUGGAGGUGGAAUAUACUGAGCCUUCUGUGCGCUUUGCUGAAGAGCCCAUCAUCCGUGGUGGUGAUGAUGAGGAUGACAAUGAAGUAGAUGAUGAAGAUUAUGCCGACCGGAGUGAUGAGGACUCCCGAACGCCCCCUUUCCCUGCUGAGAAACAGAGGCUCAUACGUAAAGACACGCCACACUACAAAAAGCACUUCAAAAUCACCAAGCUGCCCAAGCCUGAGGCCGUUGCUGCCCUGCUACAAGGCUUUAGCCCUGAUGGCCUCUCAGCUCCUGCUCACACACUUGAGGACGAGAGAGAUGGUGAGGAGGAGGAGGAAGAUGAGGAAGAGGGAGGAGUAUCAGUCAAUACUCCUUUCCAGCACAGACUAGAUAUGGCUGAGCUAGAAGACAGCAGGCUGAGUCGGGUGAACUCGUCCCUGCAGCCGGUGAAGGGGGUGUCAUUUGAUCAAGUCAAUAAUCUGCUGAUUGAGCCUGCUCGAAUUGAGGAGGAAGAGCUGACCCUGAACAUCCUGAGGCAGACUGGUGGGUUAGGCAUUAGCAUAGCAGGGGGGAAAGGAUCUACACCCUACAAGGGCGAUGAUGAGGGUAUUUUUAUCUCUCGAGUGUCAGAAGAAGGCCCCGCAGCCCGUGCUGGGGUCAAAGUGGGAGACAAACUUCUUGAGGUAAACGGCGUAGACCUACAUGGAGCAGAGCAUCACACAGCUGUUGAGGCCUUGCGUAACUCAGGGGCAGCUGUGGUUAUGACUGUUCUGCGAGAACGCAUGGUGGAACCGGAGAAUGCCAUCACCACCACACCACUGCGACCAGAAGAUGAUUAUUUCCCCCGGGAAAGACGGUCCAGUGGGUUGCCUUUCCUCCUGGAGCCGGGCUCACCUGCUGCUAGCGCUGGACCUUGCCAACAACUAGCCACUUGUCUGGUCCGCAACGAUAAAGGUUUAGGGUUCAGCAUCGCUGGAGGGAAAGGGUCAACACCAUACCGAGUAGGAGACAUGAGAAUCUUCAUAUCUCGCAUUGCUGAAGGAGGAGCUGCUCACAGAGACAACAUCCUACAUGUGGGAGACAGGGUCAUAUCAAUCAAUGGUGUAGACAUGACAGAGGCCAGGCAUGACCAGGCAGUAGCGCUUCUUACUGGCACCUCCCCCACCAUCACCCUGGUAGUUGAGCGGGACCAGGCCAGUGCAGGGGGCGGCUCCCCUCGAACACGGCCUCAUUCCCCCCCUCCUCCAGAGCCUUCUGACUCCCCUGAUCAAGAAGAGGGAGGAGACGAGCUCCUCGGAAACCAUCUCAGCUGCCCCAUGGAAGAUGAAUACCCCAUUGAGGAAGUGACGUUGAUCAAAGCAGGUGGUCCCCUGGGUUUGAGCAUUGUAGGGGGUAGCGACCAUGCCAGCCACCCUUUUGGAGUUAAUGAGCCUGGUGUGUUCAUCUCAAAAGUCAUCCCUAAUGGUUUGUCCUCUCAGAGUGGGUUGCGUGUUGGCGAUCGCAUCUUAGAGGUGAAUUCCAUUGACCUGCGACAUGCCACCCACCAGGAAGCUGUUCGAGCCUUACUCUCCAACAAGCAAGAGAUCUGCAUGCUUGUGCGCAGAGAUCCCUCGCCCCCUGGCAUGCAGGAGAUUGUCAUUUACAAGCAGCCUGGAGAAAAGCUGGGUAUCAGCAUCAGGGGAGGAGCUAAAGGCCAUGCAGGCAACCCCUUUGACCCCACAGAUGAAGGCAUAUUUAUUUCCAAGGUGAGCUCCAGUGGUGCAGCUGCUCGAGAUGGACGUCUGCGGGUAGGCAUGCGUAUUCUUGAGGUGGGCAACAACAGUCUGCUGGGAAUGACACACACUGAAGCAGUGAGGGUCUUGCGUGCUGCUGGUGAUUCCCUGAUGAUACUUGUGUGUGAUGGCUUUGACCCAAGAAACGCUGCUGGCAUGGAGGCAUCUCCUGGUAUUAUUGCAAACCCAUUUGCUGCAGGUAUUGUUCGUAAGAACAGUAUGGAAAGCAUCUCAUCAGUAGACAGAGAUAUGAGUCCUGAAGAGAUUGACAUCAUGCAGAAGGAGGUGGAGAUGGUGAGGGAGACGUCACAGUGGGAACGGGAAGAGAUGGAAAAAGUGGAGCGCAUGCGCUUGGAGCGCGAGGAGGCAACUCGCUUGCUGGAGGAGGAAACUGAGAACUUGAGCACUGGACCACUAAAACUGGACUACAAGACCCUGGCAGCCCUACCGACGACUAGUCUACAGAAGGUUAAUCGAUUUUCUACCUCCUUUGCUACAUUCACCACAAUGGAGGCUGCCAUGCCAGCUGGCCCUGUAGACCCCAUGGGUUUUGAGAAGGUUCAUGCUUCUAUGUACCAUGUAGAACCUUUUAUCCUCCCUUCAUCACCAACCUGCCCAGCCACAAGUUCAGCGGCAUCUAAACAGCCCCAAGCCGUCACACUGGACCUCAUCCCAAGUCUCGAAGUGCCACAAGAUGCUAGAGAGGAAGAAGAAUGUCUUGUGGACUCUCAGCCAAUCAGUUUUAGUGAAAACCCCUUCCUUGUGGCUAAUCGCAAGAGCAAAUGCUACCAUCCUGAGGAGUGUAUUUUAUCAGGGCCACCUGUGGGUUAUGGCAGGCAGGGGCAGCUGCAACCCUGGUUGUACAGCAAGGCUUCUCCAUCUGAGCCUCACAGCAUUGACAGUCCAGUGCGAGACGCAGCACACUCCCCAUACAGCUCACAGCAGUCUCACAAAUCAUCUUCAGUUAUUCUUGGAAGGGAGGUUCGAUAUUCAAGCAUCCAUUUCCCCUCAAAUUCAAACACCAAGGAUAAUUCAUCAACUAAACCUGGUGCCAUCCAGCCUCUCUCUCGGGUGCGACCCGCUGUGUCUCCAGCCAGUCAGGAUGGCCACAGCAGUCCCAACCCUUUCCAGCAUGGCCUCUCUCCCAUCAACUCCCAGACCACUGAUCUAUAUGCUCAGAGGAACACUGUCAACACAAAGCAACCAUCACCAGAGCCUGAGCUGAAUAAUGAGGUGUUUAUGGAUGAGGGUGUUGUUGAGGGCGAUGGUCCUCUCCCCCCUCGUCCCUGCCUCUCCUCUGACCACAACGAGUACAGGAGCCUGGCAGCUGUGCCACGCCUGUCUCGCCUCUCAAUGGAUUCAAAGCCACCACCCUCUUUUGGCAGAGACAGCCCAGAACAGCGCUCCUUCAGAGACAGACAGAAAUAUUUUGAGAUCGAUGUUAAACAGCAGACUCCAGACAAUAAACCCAAACCUCGCGUCUCACUCGUGGGAGAAGAUGACUUAAAGAAAAUGAAAGAGGAGGAAGCAAAGCGAAUUGAACAGAGUGCACGAGAGUAUAUGCUGGAUGAAGAUGAGGAUGAGGAGGAAGAUCUAGUGAAGCAGGUGGCAGAUAUGAAGGCUCAAGGAAAGGUUAUCCUAGAUGGUGUGGAGUACAAGGUCGAGAACUUAGCAAGCCACAGUUCCCCAUCUCCGAGGCAGUGCGCCGCGACACCUCCCAGCCACUGUGGCAGCUCAGGUCCUUCCUCUGUCGAUGGUAAGGGAGACUCCCAGUGGAAUUCCAUGGAAGACGGCUUUAGACUGGAGCAGAGACCUAAUUCCAUGACGGGUCUUAUCCCAGUUUACCCUGGUGAAUCUGCAGCCCCCAUUCGGACAGCAAAAGCAGAGCGCAGGCUUCAAGAGCGCUUGCGCAUGCAGAGUCCAGAGCUUGCUGUCACUGUGGACAAGGAGCUGUCACCUGCUGAAAAACGAGCCCUGGAGGCAGAGAAAAGGGCCAUGUGGAGAGCAGCUAGGCCUAACGGUCUAGAGGAGGACAUAAGACAGUAUGAGCAAGACCUGGCUAAGCGGCUCUACCAAUCCCGUGUGAGGUCAUCGUUAGGCACCACUGCAGCCCCUCCCACUUCCUGUCUCUCCUCUUCCUGUCAGCCCAGGAUGAAGUCUUUGGAGCAAGAUGCUCUGAAAGCUCAGAUGGUCAUUGCCAAGUCUAAAGAGGGGAAGAAGCGUGGAGCCCUUGAUCAGCUGUCGGAGUCGCCGUCUCCUGCCCCCACGCCCUCUCCUACACCCAUGGAAGAUAUCAGUCCACGAGCAGUGACUUCACCAGGAAGACUGUCCCUGUCAGAAAAGAAGUUUGACUACCGACAAUUCGCUGCCAUUCCUUCUUCCAAACCUGUUUACGACAUUCAGUCCCCCGGGGCAACGGGUGACAUGCACUUCUUGGAUGAUGCGUCCAGUAACCCAGUGUCCGUUGUAGAUACAGAUGUUCCUGUGGCCACCACAUCUGCUCUAGAGGAGAUGGCUCUCUACAGUAACAAACGCAAACUACGACAGGGCCGCCGAAGCUUGGAGGCCCCUGUGCCCACAUAACCGCACACUUACACACUAAUGCAUCUGAACUGUGAAGAUAAAAUGCAUGUAGUGAUAAUCUAUUAUGAAGAGAUGUGGCAAAAUACACAUCCGUACACAGGUAUUCAACCACUCUUAUUUCAUUGCCACCACAGCACAGGUAUGGAGAUGAGCCGAUGGCCCAACAGCCUCUUGUCUCCUGAACACUAGUCAUGCCUUUGCAGUUGGCAUUGAAAUGGAUUGCUCAUAUUUGACUAUAAAAGGUCUAGAGGAUGACAAAUUCAUUAUCUGGUCACUUACCUGUUUUCCCUUCUUUAUCUCAGAAUUUUAGCUGCAGAAUUAUUUUUAAUAGAUGACCUUAGUUUCUUUUUAACAUUUUGAAACCUCCUCUAGAAAUGGAAAAUAUUCUGGAUAAAAUGUAGAGAUACAGAAAAAAAGAGAUUUUUAAAUGUACCUACUGCGUGUAUUUGUUUUGGGAGAUUUGUUAUUCAGUUUGAAAACAACAUACUGCUACCUUCACUGCCCCAUAGUAGUCACACUUUAAGUUUUAUUGCUUUAAUUCACGAUCAGAAUUUUUUAUUAUUCCUUUUAAAUGUAAUUUAUUAAUGUAAUAUACUGUUUUUAAAUCUAUGGGAAUCCAUUACAGUAGGGGAACAAAUUUAGGCUUUUGACAUAUGUAUGUGCUCAUUACUUGUGAUUUUGGGAUUGGACUAAGUUUCUUGCACCCAACAUUUCAGUUUGAAACCGAGGCCUUGUCGGAAAGCUUUAUUUCCAUUUUGUUUUCAUAUCAGUUUCAAAGCUAAAUGUGAUGCAAAUGAAUGUAAUAUUUUUGAAAGGUUGCAUCCUUAUUCAAAUAUCUGUUAUAAACCUUUUCAUUACAGUAUCAUCAUGCCAUAUAAAGAUUGACCUACUAUAUCCGAGUCGCUACAUUUUAAUCCUUUUAGCGGAUCUCUAGUCUACCUUUACUGGACUAGGAGAGUAAAAUGAAGUGUAAAAGGUUUCGUAAGACUUUUUUUGCUUGGCGAUACUCUUUAUUCCCCCCUCCCUAGAGUAUGCUACAAUGUAGUCUUCAAUUUUUUUCCACACUUUGGGCCAUGUUGUACAUCUAUAUGUUGAAUCUUUCCCUUUCAUACAUGGAGUGAUUAGAGUGGAUAAUUUUACACUUCGAUAGCCAUAUCAUACCACAAACCAUCAUUCACCAAUCUUUGCCUC